GAUUGGCCGACAGCCGUCCUUGACAGUGUGCACCGCCGCCGAAGCAGUGGUUGUACUCCCGUAUAUAUUUAUAGGGUCGCGCCCGGCCACCGGCGCGCGACGGCCGCACGCGCCCGUUCGUUGAUUCCCCGUGACCCUGCCGGGACGUCCGGUCCGUCGUCGCGCGAGUUUCACCAUCAUCACCGGUCGCUCACGGACGUCACAUUACCCCCGACGACGUUAUCGCCGACGCAACUCUUAGACAUCGUUCGAUCUCGAGGACCACGGGGUAAAAUUGCAAGAACGACCAUCUUUGAUUAUCAGGGGAAUCCGCUGCUUUACCAUUGAAUCUUAUGGGAACAGUUGCAGAAUUGAAUCGACAAAAAGAGUUAAAUAAAAUUUAGAAAAUUUAACUUUCAAAAUUACUACCCAUAAAAAUAUUAAAAAAUAUGCCGAAGUUGACUAACACGGAACGGGCAAAGAACUUUCGAAAGCAGCAAAAGAAGAAAUCUAAGGCAGCUGGACAACAGAAAACUCCAGCUCGAACCAGUACAGAACGAUCUCGGGAACACAGGGCCCGAGAGAAGGAGAAACAACCUAAUGUAAUUUCGAAGACAAUACCUCAGAGUGCGCCCGUGUCGUUGGAAGUCAACUGCAGUGUGGAGACCAUGUCCUCUUCCGAAUCUGCAGCAGAACCAGCCGGUUGGCUGAGACUCGGAGACCUGGCCAUCGGCGACGGUGGCGUGUGCGUCACGUCGCUGAUCAAGGACAAGAUACGCGAGUACAUGCUAAACGAAGAACAGCAACAGACGGCCGCGACGUCCACCACGGCGGCAGUGGCCCCCGUGGCCAACGCGGCGCAGGCGUCCAAGAGCAGUGACGUCACGUGCGUCCGGCGGAUCGGAAACUCGCUGGACCUGUUGUUGCGCGAGAGCCGAAACGCCGGUCACGCCGUGGCCGCGGCCACCACCAAGAACAAGUCGUCGUCUUCGCCGCCGUCUAUCGCUACCGCCGCCGCGGCCGUCGACGUGGCUUCUGCGGCCUGCGCGGUCAUCACCGCCCCGGCGGACCAUACCGCGACCACGGCGGUGAUUACCGCGCCCGCCGACAGCUCGCGCCCGACCAUCGACCGACCACUGCCACCGCUGCCACCACUGUUCACUAAACGAUAUUUCACCAUAGAAGACGAGAUGCAAAUUAGCCGCAUGCCGAUCCCGGCAGAUGAUAGUGCAAACAGCGAAAUGUCUGUUGACACUAGUCCCUCGGAUGCUAAGACCGAUGAUUUGGAAACCACAACAAAAGUAAAUGGCGAUAGUCACAAAAAGUUAAAUGGAACUAUUGUGGAAAAUUCUAUAGAAACUGACGAAGCCUCUCAACAUACAAUUAAAAAAGAUGAAGAAGAAAACGACGAAGAAGAUAAUGGAGAUGAAGAAGAUGAAGAAGAAAAAACAGAAAAAAUAAAGGAUAACAAUGAAGAAGAUCCAGAAAUUAAGACUGAACCUUUGUCCAAAAGUACUGAUAAAAUUGUGAAAAAUGGGGUGUCUGAAGAACAAAACUCUGCAGAAACUGUUGAUGAUGAAACUUCUACAACUAAAGAUGAUAGUCCUAAAACAAAUGAAGACAAACAUGAAGAUGUUAAACCUAUGGAAGUUGACAAAACUGAAGAUCAGACUACUGAAGAUGUAGUUAUUAAGAAAGAAACUUCAGAAGUUGAUGAACCAGAAGUCUCUGAAGAUAUGGAUACUCAAGAAAUAGAAAAGCCUAUAAAUGGGAAAGAAAAUCAUAAGGACGAAAUCAUCACAACUAGCAAUGAAGAAGUAUCAAAGAACAGUGAAGAAGAAACCAAUCAGGUGAAUGGAGAAGUCAAACUUAAUGAAGAAGAAAAACAUUUGAAAUCUGAAAAAGUAAAUCGUAAAGUUGUUGAAGAAGAGGAUAUGUCUAGCGAAAUCAGUACAGAUGCACUUUCACCUAAGCAGAUAGAUGAACCAAUUGCACGCAAAAGAUCUGCUGCUAGUCACGACGAACUUAGUGUUGUAAGUGGAGCAAGUAGUGAUAACGAUUUACCUAAAGUUAAAAAGUUACGAUGUGAUGAAGACACUCCAUUAUUAAAAGACGAUACUCGAGAACGAUUGAUCAAAAAUAUCGUACAAUCAAGUGGUAAAAAUGAAGUCGAAUUAAAUAGAAAUGUAGAGAAAAUACAAAAUGAAAUAAAGGUAAUCACGGAAAUAGCACAAACUAAACGUGAUGAGUUAGUGACCCUUAUCAGGUUACAAAAGCUCAAAGAAGAAAUUAUUGAACGAUUAAUGAUUAAACUAAAAGAACUCGAUGCUGUUAAAACAGACAACAGCAAAGACUGGAAUUUGCCAGAAAUGUUUCAAAUCAAUUUAAGUCAGCCUGAACAUAUACUAAGUGAAAAGAAUAUCAUUGAUAUUAUUGACAACCGUGGCGAUAGUCAAAUUGAAAAAUCUACAACAAAUUGUUACGAACAGAGUAUUUAUGCUACUUCAUCACCUAAUACUAGUAUCACACCAGUCGCUUCAUCAUCUAAUGCUCAGUCCAAUGAUUGGAUAUUGUCAGAUAGAGUGAACCGUCCCAACCGGGUUCAAAGACCAAUACUGCCUAAGCCCUCUUCAGUUAAUAAUCAUAAAGAAGGCCGUCAAGGUCCUAUAUUAGAUGUUAAGCUGAUUAUUGCUGAUCAUCGAUCAAAGAAUCCUGAAACAGCUGUGACUAAAAGAGGCCGUCGGAAGGUGACUGCCAAUGAUUUUUCAGUACCCACAUCUUCAGCUCCAUUACGCUACCCAAAUCCUAUGGGUUUUGGUAAUCCACUUCAUCAUGCCAGUGAUGGAAAUUUUAAAACUACUAUCACAAACACCCAUGGAGUUCCAAACAAUGUUAUGGAACAUGGGUCUGAACAUAAUCGUUUUAAAGAUGUUCCUGCUUUUCCAGAAGUUACAUUGCAUCCAGUCUCGCAGCCAAUGCAGCAGCAACAACAACAACAGCAAUUACAACAAAUACAACAACAACAACAACAACAAUCGCAGCCAACUUCUCUUUUACAUGGAAUUUUAACUAAAGGUGCUGGUACACAUCAUUUGCCACUUAGUAUGUCACACCCUCCAACCAAUUAUUCACCUACAUUAGCAAGGCUUUUAACUGCGCCAGAACGUUGUAAGCAAAGCAGAGGAAAACGUCAAGCACCUGCAGCUACUGUUGUGUCUUCUAAUGCGCAAUCUCGCAAUGAAAUAACUAUUACACCAGUUCAGAGUACAUCAAUGUCUUCAACUUUUCAACAGAAACCAAGUUGUUCGUCAAAUAUGCCACCUGCUCAAGUAGAUGAUGAAGACGCAUCUGAUAGACUGGUUAUUGAUGAAGGACAAGAUGUUAUGAAUGCAAAUUCUCCAUCUAGUGCUCCACAGUGUCAAGGUUGUAUGCAAAAACCAGCACAGUUUGUCUGUGCUGGAUGUGGUAAUCAAUGGUACUGCAGCAAAGAUUGUCAAAUCGAUGCUUGGGAUGAUCAUUCAGAAGUCUGUAGCGGUUAAAUUUGUUUUUUAAAUGUGACGUUUGUGCCAAAAAAGAUCUCUUAAAGAUUAAUCUAAACAAUUUGAAACUGGUAGCAGGCUACUAAAUUCAUUUCAGUAAUUGACUUUGGUCUAGAAUAAAGGACCUUUGAUACAAAUCUAAGUCAAUUAACUAUGUUCACGUAUGAAUGUUUAAUAUGUGUGUGAAUGUUUAACAUUUAUGCGCAUAAAUUUAAUCUUUAUUAAGAACUGACGAAUUGUUAUAUAUCUAUUUAUAUGUAUGUGUAUAUAUUAUUUCUAUUUUUUUUUUUUUUUUAUAAAUUAUAUAUUAUAUGUCUUAAUAAUUUCCUAAUUCCACCACUAGCUUAACUGUGUGUGAGUGUGUUAGAACCAUAGUCUUGUGUCGAAUAUCUAUAAUACUGUUGGGUCAAUGACUGUUAAUUAAUCCACCCACUGUAUGCUUGUUGUUAUAUUGAUAUGAGUACAAUUUUUUUCAAUGUAAAAUGGAGACAAAUUUAUAGUGGCUCAUAAUUAUCGUUUUGAAUUUACUCGUGAACUUGUGCACCUGCUUAAAAUACUAAAAUAUUUAAAUUAAUUUUACCGACCAUUAAGGUUUCCAUUACUUGUUAUAAUAUUAUUGUAUUGUAAAUUGAUUGAUUAGUUGUUAGGAUUUGUUUGUUUGUUUAUUAUUUAUAUGUUUUUUUUCUAUUUUAUUUAUUCAGUUUUCUGAGUUGUAAUAUUAUUUAAAUUUAAAACCCUAAUAUCACAUUCGAAAUGUGGAUAAAAACCAUGCAUUGAUACACAGUUGUAUGUAUACACUAUAAUGUUAUAUAUUAUAACAUAUUAAUUAAAUAAAUGGAAUAUAAAAUAAUAUUUUAUUGGAACAUAUUAAGAA